GGGAUGAGCCCUGAGUGGGUUUUAAUCACCCAGCUGAGGAUUUGGCUUUGGCUCCUGCACUGUACGGAGGAUUUGGGGGAUCUGAGCUGGAGCAGACUGUGACUUGCCGAGCCCGAUGUCACGCCGCGGACGCCUGGCCAGGGGAAGGAGGCCCCCCCUUCAGAUUCUGUGCGCAUGAGCACGUGGGAUUUCCAGGGAUCCCAGCACGACCAAGCCCGGUCCUCCCCGUCCCACCAACUCGGCGAUAACCUUGGUGGCUCCUUGCUGCCUUUGGAUAACACACAGCCGGUCAUUUCCUCAUGCUUUCCUCCUGAUCGGGCACGAUGGAGAUGGAAGAAAUAUUCCUCCAGCUCUGUGAGGAGGUCGCCAGGCUGCAGGAUCUGUGCACCAAGCAGGGGAAGCUCCUCCAGAAGCUGACUGCCAGGAAGGGACCCAUCCUCGAUCUCCCCAUGUCACUGCCGAUCCAGUGCACAGAGGACACGGUCACAGAGGAAGGAGGGAGGCCGCCGGUCAGCCCCCAGAAAUGCUCAGAGGCCGCGGCGUCCACUGCCUCCGACCCCGAGGGCUCUGCUCGUGCCCUGGAGCAGCCGCCCGCAGCCAGCACGCUGCCCGGCUUCGACGGCAGGUGCCCGCCGAGCGCCGCGAGCGCCGGCGUCUUCGCGGGUGGAACUGGAGGGGCGGCUCUUGCCGUAGCUUUCGGCAGCCACAGGGCAGAGAGGAGCGGGAAGGCGGACGUAGGCACGUGGCUGAAAGCCUGUAGGAUGCUUCCUGCCGUGGGCUGCAGCCCGCAGGAAUUGGUGGCACCAAACCCGGUUGUUGGGGACUCCUUCCUGACUCUCCUGGACCUCUAUGAAGCCCCAGAAACCCUGCGGAGGGAAGAUGCUCCCAGGAAGAGUGCUCUGCCUGCUGAGGCUAAAGUCCCAGUGGAGAUCCGAGGACCUGUGAAGACGUCCUGGACGCCGGGCUGGAUGCUGGAGGACGGUGUGCUCGGGCAAGGCGCCGUCCUCACCUCUGAAGAUGCUCAAGCUUGUGACAUUUGCCAGGAGAUCUUCCCCUCGGAUGCAGCUGGCCAAGCGGACUAUUUAAAGCACGUCUUAGCCCAUAUGAAGUAGGACUUGUCUUCAUGAGUGGAAAUUCGCAUAUUUGCACCUCAAACAGUACAACGGGCUCUGGGCCUUCAUGAGAUCCUGCCGCUGGCUUUGCCUGGGGCCAGCUUGGGCAGCAGUCCUGGUCUGUGUAAUCCAGUAUGCUCCCAAAUGCGGUCCCUGGUGUGCUGCUCGACGCUCCGAGAGUGUUUUGGCUUGUUGAGCUCUGUGGAUAUCAAAGCUGCUUCUCUCCUGGGGCCCAGAUGUGUGUGGGGCUGGGCAGGGGAGCGGUAACUCAGUUGGAAAUGGGAAUUUUUCAAAAUGCAGCUUUAACCGGGUGGAAAUUAAUUUUCCAUAAACAGUUAGGGAUGUCUAAAAAGUCACAUUGGCUUUUUCCGAGAACGUUGGAGGUGGGGUGAGAGAAUCACAAGGUUUUCAUGGUCACUAAACCUGAACGGGCCUUCUGAGUGAUGCCCAGCGGUGUGAUGGCACAGACCAGAACGCACUUUCCAAAUGUGUUACUGCGAAGGGCAUAACCGAGAGCUCUUAUUCCUCGUAAGAACCUUGUCAGCUCCAGCUCAGUGGCUUACGGGAGCUUAGCGGAUCCCUCUCCAGGUGGGAAGAGGCUCCCCAGCCCCAGCCCUGGCGGGGUCGGCUCUCCUGGCUUGGGGCCCGCGGGGUUUGGAGAGCAGCAGAGCAGAAAGGGGCUCCUCCAGCACGGGGAUGUGGCUGACACGCGUGUUAUCCUCCUGUCUUUCUGUUUAGUCUCUUGGGGAGAACGUCUUUUGAACGAAUGGCUCUGGGAGGUGGUGGGUGGGUGUGAGUGGGGGAGACAGAGGAUGCAGCUUCUGGUUCUGCAGCUGGUUCUUCACCAGGGCCUGGAUGUACCUCGCUGGGCUGUGGUUUGCCCUCGAGCAAGGUUUUGGUCUUGUCUUGAAUGAUAGGAACAAGUAAUUGCAUGUGAGGGUGUCAUCCAUGCGACCAGAAUUAAGAUUAUGUUCGUGCCUUAACAGCACCUGCAGUCCGAGUGGUCUAUAGUGCUCUCCAUCAGUAGCUCUCCAUGUGUUUUGCAAAGAAAUUCACCCGCAGAGGUGGGGAAACUGAGGCACAAAGCACGGAGUAGCUCCAAAUCCCCAAAUAGGCCCUUUUUUGUUGUUUUGGUUUUAUUUUUUUUGAGACAUCUCAUCUCGGGUCUUUGUGUUUUGCAAGUUGCUUCUGAAAUGGAUUUGGCAUCCCAUGUUUGAGGCAACUUGCAUCGAAUUCAACAGCCAGAUCCUCCUCUCCUUCCAUGGAUCAGGACUAAUUGCAAUCUCCAGCUCCAGCGUCUUGUCUUUAGCAGAUAAUAGUCAUGAGUCCAGUUUCUUCCCCGAAAUAGAGCUGCAUUUAUGAAUGUGCUGUGACUACGGCGGAGCUGAUGCCAAACAUCCGUGUGUCCCGGGGAUCUUGUCCUUUCAGGCACAGUGUGCAGAGGGCAGGGUGCGGGGUUGACAGCACCCUGGCCAACCUGGGCUUCACGAGGGGCAAAACCAUUUCUCCAAGAACUUUUUUCCAAGACAAAUCCUACAGCAUCUUUCUUCAGAGCCACAGCGCUGAGCUUAGUUCCUCCAUUCACACAGAUAUUGGAGCUGCUUUCUGCCCUGGGCAGCAUCAGGACCUUUAUUUCGCUGAAGGUCAAAGUGAGUUUUCUCACAUGAUGGUGCAACUUUCCCGUUGACAUCUCCAGCUCCAAGUUUCCUCCUGUGGCUCCUCAAAUUAAUGAGGCAGUUGGAUGGCUUUGCAGUGUUUUGUGCUCCUCUAUAGGGCCUGGAAGAAAAUCUCUUUUCCCAGCCUCCUGAGUUACUGGAAAUGCCAGAUACGAAAGCAAACUGGAGCAAGAAGAGCCAGAAAUUUAUUUGAUAUAAAAUUGUAACAGCCAUCCAGAAUUUGCUGGAAGGAAGAAACCCAGCCUGGUUCUUCUUGCUUUGAGAGCACGUCCAGUAAAUUUAAUUUAAAAAUUGCAAGCACAGAUGGCUUUUCUCAAGAGUCACAGCAACCGUGGUGCAGUGCUGGAUUCCAGGAGCGGUUGUGCCGCGGCAGCUGCACUGCUGCACCGUGCUGCAGGUGCACGGAGGCACCGCGUUACCCAAAUCGAUGUGAAAAACCACGUCGGGCGUGCUUGGGGCUACCCGUGAUGAAGCUUUCGCCUGAUGCUCCGUCCCUGGUGACUAGGAAUGAUCGAGCAGUUGAAGUUCAACAGACUUAACUUCACUUCUUGGCCUUUCUCACUGUGCCUCGCUGUAUUUUUAGAUGUUGUGUUGUACGGUGCAAUUAGUCACCCCCUUCCCAGCCAGAUGGUCCACAAUGACACAGGAACUUCUUUUUUUAAUCUAGCACUUUCCACUGGCAUGAAUGUGCCUCUGUUUCCUAAAUAACCUUAAGUAUAGGGUGCUUGUCUUAAAUGUGGAGAGUGGGUGGCAUGUUAUUGUUUUUGCCCAGGUUCGACUCACCGGUGGGUGUCUUUUAGGGAAAGGCCGGAGCUGGGUGAGGGAACUUUUCCCAUAAGGAGAACUUGGAAAAUCAAGACUGGAUUAAAUCUGCUUUAAUUCUC